AUGGAUUCGGGACAUAAGCAUCAAUCGUCGCUGGACGACACUACAAAGUCGGGGGCUGUGGGGUCAAUUGACGAGCCCAAUAAGCUACAAGGUUAUGCUUCGGCGCCUGGCGUGGUCGACGAUGUCACCCGAGUGGUUGACCACAAGGCCGAGCGGCGCCUCUGCCGGCGAUUCGAUAUCCGUUUAUUACCAAUCCUGGCGAUUAUGUAUCUGUUCAAUGCCCUCGACAAGGGGAAUUUAGGCAAUGCAAAGACGGACCAUAUGACCGAAGACCUCCAUUUCAAGCCGAAUCAGUACAAUCUCCUACUAUCAAUCUUCUUUGUGCCCUUUGUGGUCUUCGCACCGCCCUUUUCCAUGCUGGGCAAGAAAUUCAGCCCGGCUCGUGUCCUGCCCGUCCUGAUGUUCUCAUUUGGCUCAUUCACCCUGCUCUCAGCUGCCGCUAAGAAUUUCAGUGGUCUCUUUGCACUACGCUGGUUCUUGGGCAUGUCCGAAGCAGCAUUCUUCCCUCUGGUCAUCUACUACCUGACCACUUUCUACCGCCGUGGCGAGCUGGCUCGUCGGUUGGCCAUUUUCUACGCGGCGUCCAACAUUGCCAAUGCCUUUUCCGGGUUGAUUGCCUUUGGCGUGUUCCAGAUCAAAGGAUCGAGUCUGCCCAAUUGGCGCUAUCUGUUCAUCAUCGAGGGAGGCGUGACAGUAAUAUUUGCUGUAUUCGCAUUCUUCUACCUGCCUAAGAGUGCUGCCGAGGCUAGUUUCUUGUCAGAAGAGGAGAAAGCCCUUGCUUUCCACCGAAUCCAGGUCGAUUCAAGUGCGGUUGUCAACGAAAAGUUCCGAUUCCGCGAGGCAAUUGGUAUCUUCAAACACCCAACUACCUACGCAUUCCUAUGCAUUGAAAUCUGUCUGGGUGUGCCUCUGCAAGGAGUAGCCCUCUUCAUGCCCCAGAUCGUGGCUCGCCUGGGAUAUCCGACCGUCAAAACCAAUCUCUACACGGUGGCACCAAACGUGACAGGUGCCGUGAUGCUUCUAGUCCUCGCAUUCUGCUCAGAUUACACCCGACUCCGGUCUCCCUUCAUCGUGUUGGGAUUCCUAUUCACCUUCACCGGGUUUAUGAUCUACGCAUCCAUCGACGACGUCCACAAGCAAAUCCAGGUAGCCUAUUUCGCGACCUUUAUGAUGACAUGGGGUACCUCGGCCCCGUCGGUGAUGCUGAGUACCUGGUACAACAACAACAUCGCCCACGAGGGUCGCCGUGUCCUAUUGACCAGUAUCGGUGUGCCGUUGGCCAACCUGAUGGGCCUGGUCAGCAGUAAUGUGUUCUUGGAAAAAGAUGCGCCCAAGUACAUGCCAGCACUGAUUACCGUGUCGGCCUUUGGAGCCACGGGUGCUUGUCUGGCUGGACUGUUGGGUUUGUAUAUGUGGUGGGAUAAUAAACGACGGGAUCGUCGGGAUGGAAGGGUGAUUCGGGCGAGGGAUAUUCCCACGGAGCGUAUGCGAGAUGGUCCUGCGUCGCCGGAGUUCCGGUGGUUCCUGUAA